AUGUUCGGAUCAUCGAGCUUCGGAAACAAGUCACUGUUCGGCGGAGGAACAAGCAUGUCGACAACAGCCAGCACAACCGCCAAUAACACACAAGAUCAAGACUUCCUGGUAGAAGGAGCACCAGAAGACACAAUUCAAGUAAUCAAAUUCAGCCCUCAACCACAAGACAAACCAAUGAUUGCAUGCGGAGCAUGGGACGGUACGAUCCGUGUAUGGAUGCUGAACGAGGCGAACACAUUCGAAGGAAAGGCUCAACAGAACAUUCCCGCACCAAUUCUGGAUAUUUGCUGGAUUGAAGACAGUUCGAAGAUCUUUAUGGCUUGUGCAGACAAAGAAGCACGACUUUGGGAUCUUGCUUCCAAUCAAGUAGCAGUUGUCGGAACACACGAUGGACCAGUGAAGACAUGUCAUUGGAUUAAUGGAAACAACUAUCAGUGCUUGAUGACUGGAUCAUUUGACAAGACACUUCGAUUCUGGGAUAUGAAAAAUCUUCCAAAUCAAACGCAAAUGGCUUCAGUCUCAUUACCAGAAAGAGUUUACGCAGCUGAUGUGAUGUAUCCAAUGGCUGUCGUGGCACUGGCUAACAAGAGAAUCAAAGUUUAUAACCUGGAAAAUGGGCCGACGGAAGUAAAGGAUAUCGAAAGCCAACUGAAAUUCCAAAUCAGGUGCAUCUCGAUCUUCAGAGACAAAACGAGUCAAAUGCCAGCUGGUUUCGCUUUGGGAUCUAUCGAAGGACGUGUUGCCGUGCAAUACGUUGAGGCUGCUAAUCCAAAAGACAACUUCACAUUCAAAUGUCACAGAUCAGCUGAGCUUGUCAAUGGAUAUCAAGAGAUUUACGCUGUAAACGAUAUUUGCUUCCAUCCACAACACGGAACACUCGUAACAAUCGGAUCGGACGGUCGCUAUUCGAUGUGGGAUAAGGAUGCGCGGACGAAACUGAAAACUUCCGAACCACACCCGAUGCCAUUGACGUGCUGUGAUGUGCACAGUUCUGGAGCUUUCCUCGUUUACGCGUUGGGAUAUGACUGGAGUCGAGGACACGAAGGAAAUACCCAACCAGGAUCAAAGAUCGUUAUUCACAAAUGUGUUGAAGACAUGAAGCCACGACCUCCGAAGAAGUGA